CCUCUACCCUAGAAGCCACUUAUAUAAUAGUGUACCCUGUGUAAUAGUAAACAACUGAAACCCAGAUAUCAUCUUACUAUCUAUCAUAAGUACCUAUACUAUACAUAAGGCAGGAUCAUUUUCAACUUACCUAUUCGAGAGGUAAUUAUAAGGUACCUUAGACUUUAGUUUACCCAGGCUCAAUAAGAAAAAAAAAGAACAAUGCCCGCACUUCAACCCGACCCCGAAAGCUCCCCGGCAUCAUGCACCUGCUGCUGCGGCGUCCCCUCGCUCGCGGAGCUAAGCCGCCCCGUCGAGGUCGACGACUCGCCGUACGGCAGCAACAACGUAUUCUGGAAAUGGCCCAUCCUCGGCCCGCUGCUCGUCGAGAACGAGAGUAGCGAUACGCGUGAUCAUUGCGCCAACGAGCGAACUUUCCUAUCCUACCUCCGGCUCUCCGUGUACAUGGCCGUCGUGGCCGUCGCCAUCGUCCUGUCCUUCCACCUCAAGUCGCAGCCCUCGGACCUCGAGCUGCGCAUGGCCCAGCCGCUCGGCAUCGUCUUCUGGAUCCUGUCCCUGUCCUGCCUGGUCCUCGGCUUCGGCAAUUACAUAAAAACGCUGGACAAGUAUAGCCGGAAAGUCGCCAUAGUCCAGACCGGCUGGAGGACGCAAUCGAUCAUGUCGCUCAUCUCAUUAUCUAUCGUGGGCACUUGUGUCAUACUAUUGGUAAUUACCAAAGCGCAGGUAGAGGAAUAAUACCAAGGUAAGCACGCUUCUUCUCGACUCCGGCUGCAGUCAUCCCGUAUCCCGGGCCAAGUACGCCAAACACCACUAUUAAAUGCCAGGUCCCGCAGUUUCAAUAAUUCCAA